AUGGAGGAGCACCAUCAAUUUGUCAAACAUCGUCUUCUUGUCCAACAAGCUGCUGUUCCUGCAGCCAACCAGCAUUUAGCUGUAGUAUACCGUCAUGUAGUUGCACUACACCAGCCUGUGGCUGUUGUUCUCCUUCUUACAGCUACAGCUUACCAUCGUACAGUUGUGCCGUACCGUCGUGGAGUUGCAGUACACCGUCUUACAGCUGUUGUGCGCCAUCAUGCUGCAACUGUUACAAACGACUAA